UUUACAUCGAUGCGAGAGAAUCAAAAGAACAUAUUCCAAGUAUAAGCCCCGUGAGACCGAACGAACACAGCCGCUCAUCAGGACCCACAAGUGGGAAAGCUAUCUAGUUUCAACCAAUGAGUUUCUUGCUUUCAUUGAUGUCCAAGCUCAAAACACUAUCCACUUCGAACGCUUAUCAGUUCCUCUCCACGUUACCCUUUUUAGCUCCGAAAAAAAUUUGGUCGCCCUCUUCUGGACAAAAAGAACAUCGCGUGGCCUCCGAACCAUGAGUCAUUCGUUAAACCCAGCAUCUCCGCCUCUGGCUGCGGCCACUGCCAUCUCGAGCAAAUCGAAUCAGAAGAAAUUGUCGCCAUCAAUUGUAGGAUUCCUUGGAGCGCGCCAACAAGUCCCCGAUGACAAACCGGUACAAGUCCACCGCAGGAGCGUUGCGCUUGGAUUAGCGGUUGGUUCGUUGAGCUUGGGCUUCGGCGAGCAGAGCACGAAUGCGGCGGCGAGAAGGCCACCGCCACCUCCGCCGGAGGAGAAAAAGGACCCGAAUGUGAGUGGUGUUCAGGCAAAAAUACUGGCCAGCAAAAAGAGGAAAGAGGCCAUGAAAGAAUCCAUUGCCAAGCUAAGGGAGAAAGGGAAGCCAGUAAAUAAGUCAAGUGAAUAGUCAUCCUACAAAAUUUUCAGUGCCAAUUCUUGCGGAGAAUGUGUAAUUGUCGAGCACACAUCUCCUUGCAAUCUCUUCCAUAACAAUGGCUUAUAACUUGUACUGGCUAUACUUGGAACUCAAGUGGAGUUUACUUUAUCCAAGGUGAGGUUUU